AUGUUUUUUUUUGUCGUAUCUCAGUUUUUUCUACGAGGGGGUCUGCUCAUCACGUGGACGUGGGUGUCAGACUCCCCACAAAAAGCGAAGCUUCUGUAUUGCAAGCACCCCAACAAUUCCACCAAGCUACCGUGCCCGUAUUGCAAGGCCGAACAAGACGAACGUCUUUCAACUUGCGGCGACCUCGGGAACGCAAGGUACGACGUUGACGCAAAUAGGCAGACGAUGGGGGGAAGCCCAAGAUGGCUGGCGCGAGUUGCAGGCAUUGGAGUUGGCCCCGAACGAGCAAACGAAGCGCUCGGCGGAACUAGGAAUAGUGGCGCCUACGGGGGUUAGCGGCGGUUUCCUCGGACGCCCGCUGUGGGACAAGGUGUUUAUUAACCUGCACGGCACGUCCCUGUCGAGAGUCUUCAUGCCGAUGCGCUGGGGGCGCAGACAUUGGUGCAGUUUGUUUUUCUGGCCCUCCUGAACAAAGCUGGC